AUGAUAAAUACAAGAUCGGUUAAGAAACUAGUUCCAGUAGGCGUUGUAUUUGCAUUGGCGUACUUUGAUUUCGCUACAUUUUAUUCACUCGCAUACCAAGAGAUAUAUUUGUACCAUAGUAAAGGCAUCGCUAUAUCAGUAUGGGUCUUAGUGGGCAUAAGUCAAUUAUUUGUCUUUGUAUAUUGGUGCCUCAUGCUUCAGCUUGGGCCCGGAAUGUCUCCUAAGAUAGCUCCUUUGGACUUAUACGAUUCAAAUGAUUCAAGCCUUACAUCAUUACCAGAGUAUUUUAUUUGUGAUGAGAGCGGAAUGCCAUUUUAUUGCUCAGCAUGUGAGUCAAUAAAGACUCCAAGGAGCUUUCAUCUGAUGGAUAUGAACUACUGUGUUCAAAAUUUUGAUCAUUAUUGCCUAUGGAUCGGCACCGCAAUCGGACACCGCAAUUAUCUUCCCUUCGUCAAAUUCUUGAUCUGGUUCACCAUAUACUUUCUGCUCGUUAUUAUUUAUUUGGCGAGGUUCACAAGGUCAAAUAUCAAGAGGGGAAGUCAUGAUAUAAAUCACAAUUAUAUUAUUUUGUAUAUUUUCUGUGGGAUCUUUUUAUCUAUGUUACUACUGAUGACAUACGUUUACAUUUAUUACAUUUCAAUCAACAAAACCACCCUCGAUGAGAUAUCUUCAAGACAACUGCGAAGAUACUUGCGAUGGAAAGCAGCAUAUGAAAAGAAUAAGGUCAAAAAACUGACCAUGCCGAGGAUAGAUGAUGGGAGAAGGUUCAUCAACCUAAGAAGAAAUGGUGUACGUUACUUAGUCGAGUAUCAUGUAACUGAUACGAUAUUUAGCCAAGGACUUAAAAGGAACUGGAUUAAUUUUAUAUUCAGUAAUGAUAAAGUGGAUGAUGCGUUUUAUUCUAACAAGAGGUUUCUUGAAGUUGUAUUAAUAAUAAUAGCUCCAUUAUUGGAUAUUUUUUACAUUCCAUUCUCAUCUAAUAGAUAUAUUGUGGAUCAUGAGAAGGCAAACACUAAUAUUUUGGAAUUGUACAGUGAUAAGCUUGCUGAUAAGUUUUUAAAGCAUGCAUGGGAAAAAAUUGAUAGUGAUGAAUGCAAUAUUGUACGUUUCUCUCCUCAAUUUACCACAGCUUCACCCCGACUGACUUAUUGUGAAGAUAACAUUAAGCAAGACAGUUCUUAA